AUGGGUGGUCACGAUGAUGAAGAUGUAGCGUAUGUUGUUAAUAAACAAAAGCAAGAUGAAGAGCUGAAAAACAAGCUGAAUGAAGGCACCCUCUGGUGUGACCAGGAAUCCAUCGGCAACAAUGCUAAGCGGGUAAAGGAAGGCCGAAACCAGCUCCGCAAAGUAGCUGAGAACCAACAGGAUCAGGAUCAUAACUGCAAUAUCAACCAGAAUGGUAACGGGGAAGACUUUCCUCUUCAGAACAUCACUCAGGAAGAACAACAAGGAAAUGAGGAGCAAAAAAAAUCUCCCAAAAUAGCUAUGACACCUGGCCUGAGUCAGGAAGAAUCCAAGAACAUCCUGAAUGAGCCACUACUUAUCGACACUCUGGAAUCCGAAGAAGAGAAAGAAAAAAAGAGAGAAGAGGAUGAUAAAGAAAAGGAUAACAAUUCUGAGGUGCAUGAGGAGACCACAGAUGGAGGCUCAGGAGAGAAACCUGUGGAGCAGAGUCCCGUGGAGACCUCCAGAGAAGGCAGUGUUGUGGGUAGAAAUGCUUGUCUCCUCUUCUCCAACAUGAAUGGGACCCCAAGUGACGAAGAGCCCAGCUGGCCUUCAAUGUCUCAGGACAACUCCGACAAUUCUCCAAAUGGGAACAGAGAAUCCUUCUGGGACUCCAGUGCGUUUGAAACGGACACAGACCUGCCGUCUGGGUGGAUGAGGGUUCGCGAUACAUCUGGCACAUAUUACUGGCAUAUUCCCACUGGCACCACCCAGUGGGAACCUCCUUCGCCCUUGGGUAAAGUUGGCGACUCCAUGAUGUCUUCUACAAUGUCACUGGAGACCACACCCUGCGAGGAACCUGAGGAAACUUGGGCUCAGCUUUCCAGCACAGAUGAUGGUGGUGAUGAAGGGGAAUUGUGGAAGGAGGAGGGAGAAGCUGCAUCUGAUCAGAGUCUGAAAGAAUUUGAGGGAGCAACUCUACGCUAUGCAUCCAUCAACUUAAACUACAAUUGCUCCCAAUCAGAGGAAGAAGAAAAACGAGCUCCACAAUGUACAGAUUUAGAGACUAAGUGUUUUGCAGUGCGCUCUCUGGGUUGGGUGGAGAUGUCCGAGGAGGAUCUGGCACCUGGCAAGAGUAGUGUGGCUGUGAACAACUGCAUCCGACAGCUUUCUUAUCACAAACACAACCUUCAUGACACGGCAGGGAUCUGGGGAGAGGGAAAAGACAUGCUAAUGGUUUUGGAGAACGACACAAUGAACUUGAUCGAUCCUCUGGGUCAGACACUUCUUCAUUCUCAGCCAAUUGGCAGUAUCCGUGUUUGGGGCGUCGGCAGAGAUAACGGAAGGGAAAGGGAUUUUGCUUAUGUGGCUCGAGACAACCUCACUCAAGUGUUGAAGUGUCAUGUUUUCCGCUGCGACUCACCUGCCAAGAACAUCGCCACCAGCUUGCAUGAGAUGUGCUCAAAGAUCAUGAUGGAGAGAAAGACUAAUAAACCAGGAGUGAGCAGACUUUCCUCUGACCCUAGUAAACCUUUUGGCAUUGAAGAGUUUCCUGCUCCAAAGAAUGAGCUCUUCCAACGCUUCCAUGUUUAUUAUCUUGGUUGUAUACCAGUGGCCAGACCAGUUGGAAUGGAGAUAUUAAAUGAAGCAUUGGAGUUUGCAAUGGCUGGCAGAGCUAAAAAUGACUGGACUCCUGUUUCUGUCAAUGUUGCCCCAGCUACCCUAACUAUACUUUCAAAAGAGGAUGAUGAGGUUCUUUCAGAGUGUAGGGUGCGCUUCCUGUCUUUUAUGGGAGUUGGACAGGAUGUCCACACUUUUGCUUUCAUCAUGGCUGAAGGUCCCGAGGAGUUCACCUGUCACAUGUUUUGGUGUGAACCCAAUGCGGCCAGUCUGAGUGAGGCUGUGCAAGCUGCCUGUAUGCUUCGCUACCAGAAAUGCUUGGAUGCUCGCCCGCCCAGCCUGGCCUCCUGCCUGCCCACUCCUCCUGCUGACUCUGUGGCUCGACGGGUUAAGAAAGGAGUGCAAAGUCUGCUGGGCACCUUUAAGAGCUACAGGUCAGGUUCUCAGUCCCCAUAAGCUGAAGCAAGGAUUGUCUGUCUGUCAUACGCAGAGAUCCUGUCACAGCCGCCCCUUUUCACUCUCACCAGUCCUAUAAGGAUUCCAUUUCGCCUUACGCCUGUCUCUCUUGUCUAGUCUCUAGUGUGUGAAGCAGUUUGUGGGGGAAUUGUCAGAAACAUUUCCUUUUUAGUUUUACUUUUUACAAACUCACGAACCGCUCACAUGAAACGUUUUCUUCUUUCAUUGAGUCUGCUGCUUUUGUGUCGUUUUUUUUUAACCUGGAUCAAUGCUACGAAUGUCCAACUCUAAUGUAAUAUAUAUUUUACCCACCGACACAAGAAUCCCCUCACUGAAAUGCUCAGUCUUCUCCUCCACAGUACCGUUCUCAUCUAACAUUCCUGCUUGUUUACUAAAAGCAUCACUAAUUCAGCCAUCAAUUCAUUUCAAAGAUCCUCACACUGAUUUUAUUUUCUCUCAACCACAGAACUUUCUGUACCAGCUUAGGGUGUCAUAAUUCAUGUGCAAUGUAGUCAUGAGUCUCCCAAACAAUGUAAUUUAGUCUUCCAACGACUUGCUUCAUCCUCCAUCACAUUGCGAACAACCACUGAUUGAAUUGUAGUGUGCUCUCUUUCAUUCUGCAUGAACAUUUGCAAUCUCAGUGCUAGUGUGCAAUAACCAGAUGUUUCUGUAUGAUGUGAUUAGAUGACAACCAUGUGUUAAUUUUUAUUCCAUGUAAAUGAGCGUUUCUUUAAAGAUUGAAUGUGAGGCUUAAUGGAACAACAGAGCCAUGAUGAAAACCAUUAUCUCAUGAUGAUGAUAGUAAUAAAGAUACAAACUCUGGGUUUUAUCACAACUGUUUACCACCAACAAAAAAAUAAAUAGUACUGUAUAAUCUCACCAUGAGCUGCAUGUUUUGAUAGCUUAGAUAACUGCUGUCUGGAGCAGUGUAGUGCUCAAGAGCCAUCAGUGUAACCUAUAAAUAUCUCUUUUUUUUGUGUUCCUGUAUCAAAAAAGGAGGCAAGAGCUGAUGUGGUGAUUUUUGUGUUGCAUAGGCAUGUCACUUUAGUCAGUGGUUAGCAUUAAGCUAGCAUUAGAGAGUUAAACCUUCUGUCACUUAUUUCACAUUCAGAUCUCAUCAGGUCAGUGAAACCUGAACUGGCUUUAUAUUUUCUAUGUGUUUUCGGCCUCGGCCUCUCUGGUUAAUGUAUUUUAUUUUCUAUUCUUUCUAUACACUAAAGUGUAAACACUGAACACAGUUAAUACAUUAAUGCGUUCACUUUAGUUUUUAUAAAGACUACACUAAUAGCCGAGCUGUAUUUUAUCUUUGUGUCUGUUGUGAGUGAUCAGUACUGUAUGUAGCAUAAUAGUAAUGCUCAUCUCCAAUGUUAAAAAUGCAGUUAUAAGGUGUUUUGGGCAGUUUUGAACUCUACACCCUUUAACUAAUCUGCCAUCCAACUCAUGUUAUGAUUAAGAAAAUGAUUCAGAUCUAAAAUUAUGUAAAGUAAUUGUGUCAAUACGCAAUCAUUUUUCUCAUCAAAAUAAUGUCCCAUUGAAGGCCCAAACUGCCACCAUGCUAAAUGCUAUCGAUCUUAGCAAAUAAUACAGAUAUAAUGGCUGAAACAUGAUUUAAAUGCAUACGUUAAAUACAUAAAAAAUGUUUGAUUAUUUGAAUGUCUCAGCAUUUUAUAGUAAAUCAUUCAUUAAUCAUGGAAAUCCUUGAUUAAAGUUCUAAAAGGUACAUAAAAUGAUUUUAUAAUCUUCUGGUGCAGUACAUUAUAAUUAUCCUAUCUCUCAAUCAAAGCGACUCUAAAAAGCUGACAUUGUUCCAGACGAGGUGAUUAGCCUGCAGAUAAGCUGCUGGGCAGAAUAAUUUGCUGUGCAUUCUGUCCACUGAGCCUUAAUGACAGUUUGAGAGGCAAAUAUCUUCAUUUUAUAACUUUACAUUUUCAGCUGUUUAAAGGCUUCUAACUCAUUGUAGUUCCUUUCAUUUCUAUGUCCAGUAUAAAAAGAAAUGUGUACAAGAAUGAGAAAUUAAAAGAGUACAAUGAUUCUGCGAAGACCUCGUUAAGUUUCCAAAGAGUGAUUUUUCAUUUUUAAGACCAAACCUGGACCUCAGUGUAGAAAACUAACCAUCCAAGAUGGAAGUUGUGAUUGAAAGUUCUUCACCUUCAUGGUGAGUUUGUAAAGCUAGGAGAACUAGGGAUAGACUUCUGAGAACUGCAUCUUCAAGGUGCCACAAUAUGGCGCUAAAUGGAAAAAAAUAACUAUAGACCUUAAACAGUUUCUGCGGUUAAGCUCUCUUUCAGCUAAUUCUGAAAAGGAGAAAGAAAAAAAUCAGCUAUCACCUUUAGCUAAACAGUCAUAAUAGCUUAUCCCUCUCAUCUUAAUCUACCUAUUGUAAUAUGACCUAAGCUUUCUGAUAUAACUUUCCUCUGUUUUAUUACCCUGGGAAAAAAAGGUUUUCAACAGAGAUGGUUUUUAAUCGGUCAGAACCAACUUUCCAUCCUCUACAACUGUGUUAACUUCUAUGACACUCACCCACAUUUUAUUUCGCCUUUGAGUAAACGCUGCUUUUAAAGCUUUAAAGUUCUUCAUUUUAAAAACCAUUGCAAAGCUGAUUGUGAUUUUUAAGGGCUUGAGAGUUUCAAUAUUUUUAGUUCAACUUUUUUAAUAUGAAGAUGGAUGCUCUAUAAACUAGAGAAGCUCUCAGAGAGUGCACACUGCCCAGCAGCAAAUUUUGCCCCAUAUUGUGACUAAAACCUGAAUAUGAUCUGGAUCAUUAUCAAAUUUCAGUGAUUUGUUACCCUGGUAAAAAAAAAAAAAAA